UAACGUUGUCGCUGGAUCCAUGGACAACAUCACCCACUUUUCCGUUCUGGAUACGCCACUGAGCCCUGUCAAGAUCGUCGUUCGUUAAUUUACACACUCAGUAUAUCCCCUGCGACUUAUUAAUGCGUUUGAUGACCACACACUCCUCGUGUAUAAUAAUAAAUGAAUUUUAACAAAGAAAAGCGAUUAUUCGCCGCUCAGUCGCGGUUGCAAUCAGCUGGCGAACGCUCGUAGUGAGGUUAGGUGAAUGACCUUGACCCUUGAUGGGAAUGCGUCUUAUCUUCGUCCCAUUCUUAUCAGUUCGGAAUAGGAUAGGACAGUGUGCGGCAGUACUGUUAAUUGAUUUUAGUUGACCUGUGUCCGUGGUCAAGACACACGUAUGUUGGCAGUGGGUGGAUAGUUGCUUUCGCACAUGUAACAAUUCUCAGGGAUGAGCAAGGAUGUGAUCUGGAUGCCGAUACCUCAAAAUGGAAUUGCAAGAAUCGACGCCCUUACUAACCACUGCAAGUGUGUCUAGAAAUCAGUAUGGUUAUAAUGCUCAUGUGUGUUUCGACAGAAUUUGGACAGGAUGUCUCGCAUUAGUAUUGAUUGUUGGAUUUUCUACCGGAAUGUAUCUUUUGAGUCAAGAAGGUGACGAGGAGCCGAUAAGGGAAAGUUUCUACCUAGUAACAAGAAGAUAUUGGAAUGCAGAGCCACCUGGUGCCAACACUGUUAAUUUAACGCUGCCGGUCUACCGAAUACUGCUAUCGCAAACCAACACCCCUAUCUGUGAGACUGAUUCAGACUGCGUGAAACAGGUUCAAGAUUUACAAAAGAAGCACAAGUACACCUUGCACAGAUCUGAUAUUUUGUACAACUUUCUAGUCGGCGGUGACGGUAGGAUAUAUGAAGGAAGAGGAUGGCAGUAUAAAGCAGAUUGGCGGGGCGUUGAUGCAGUUGUUUUACGAUUAGCACUGUUAGGCCACUAUGAAGACGAACCACCUAGGCCAUCUCAAGUGGACGCACUGCUAGCUUUCCUCGAUAUAUCUGUGAUGAAGAAUAGGAUAACGCCAUGUGUCAUGGUCAUUGUCGACCAUACAGAUAACAGAUAUUUCUUGGACACUGCCUUCAAACUCGAAAAAUUCAUCAGAGAUCAGAAUAAAUGUUGAAUCUGUUACCAAGUUACCAUACCUGUUCUAUAGAGCUGUGACUACCAAUAAUUUUUAAUAUUGUAAUAUAUCUUGUAUAAAAUCAUCUAUAUUAAAAUAAUUAUGAGCUGCAGUAGUCUUCUUCAAACAACCCGUAUCUUGGCUACCCCCUCACAGUGAAAGCUAGAAACAAAGUAUUAGCAAAAUAAAAC